AUGGAUUGCCCCAAGACCGAGAGUGGCGAGGUCGCGGUGGCCUGCCCGCCCGACGACUCCCUUGUGGAGAUCUUCUCGCGCCUCCCUGCCAAGCCUCUCUUCCGAUGCAAGUGCGUCUCCAAAAAUUGGUGCGGCCUCAUCGCCGACCGCCUCCGCUGCCGGAAGUUCCCCCAAACCCUAGAAGGCUUUUUCGCCGGCGACGGAGUUGAGAGCUACGGUGGUUUCAUCUGCCCGGAGAGGCCGGUGCCUCUCGUCGACCCUUCCUUCUCCUUCCUGACGAAGUUGCCAGAGAUUAAGAAGAUCGUCCUUUUGGAUUCCUGCAACGGGCUCGUCCUCUUUGGGCACAGACGGGUUUCAGAAAAGUAUGAUUACUCGCUGGGCUAUAUUGUGUGCAACCCCGCCACCGAGGAGUGGGUGUCUGUGCCCAACUCCGGCUGGACUCCAUGUCCAUUGAUUAACAGUGAUGAUAAACUGAACCAAGAUUGUGAUCCGGACACCUAUUUGAUUUUUGACCCGGCUAUCUCUCCACACUUUCAGUUGAUCCAGUUUCAGUUUAGGUUUGGAGUUAAGUCUUACCUGCCAGAGGUGCACAGCUUCUCUUCUGUAGCUGGGGCAUGGAGGCUCGAACUCAAACUCAAAGGUGUACCGGGCCUGCCACCUGGCAUGAAGGUGGACACAGGGGCAGCGUGCCCCUUUAAAGGCAUGGUGCACGUGCGUGCCCAGCAUCCCUACCUCCCUUCUGAAAACCUGAAUAUGAUACUUGCAGUUGGUGGGGAAGGGAGGCCAUUUAGGACCCUGCACUGGCCACAAAAUGAUCGCGGUGUUCUUGUUUUUAUUGGUCAAUCCCAAGGGCACCUACAUUGCCUGAGUGGAUGUACGGGAAACAGUUCCCAGAUGACUGAACUGUCCAUUUGGGUUCUUGAGGACUACAAUGCAGACAAAUGGGUUCUGAGGGACAAUGUGAGCUUCUCCCAGCUGUUUGGAAGAAUGAGCGGCCGUUUCCACUUGGACUGGGAUGUGGUUGCCAUUCAUCCAGAUCGUAGUUUGGUCAUCUUUGCUGAGUAUUGGAAUUGUAAGCUGAUAUCAUAUGACAUGGAUAAGGAAGUGCAUGCUCUCUGCAGUCUACAUGGCUAUCAUCGGCAUAUUAUCCCAUAUGUUCCUUAUUUUGCAGAGUCAGCGGCGCUCGCUAAGAAGCACUGA